UCUGACGCUGCCAUUCUAAAAAAACAGACGCUGGAUUCAUCAGCAAAUCAUCGAAAGAAUAAGAUUAACACAUGUUUAGAAAAAUAUCAAAUAGCCGUGAGCAUAGAGAGUCAUCGGCUCAAAGGUAUGGGUGUGGGUAAAAUGUACGCAGACUACCCCUACCAUCCACCCCCCACCGCCCCAGACAACACUCGCAAUGGGGCUGCAGCUCGUGCUACAGGAUCAAACUUCACUCAAGGGAUAACAAGCCAGGGCAGCACCCGUAAUGGGCCUAUGGGCUCAAAUACCCAUCAGACCUCAUUGUUGAAUGUUUCCGAUUGCAGAGAACUGAAAUCUGCUCAAACCAUGCAUAUGGCCCAUGCGAACAAUUUGCAUAACUUUCAGCGGCACAAAACAAGUCUAGAUAUUGAUCAUUCAAAUAAGCAGAACACUGACACUGUGCAAAUGGCUGAAGGAGAACAUGAACAGAAGAGUCGUUUGUUUGAAUACAAUCGUGUUCCUGGGCAUUCUGUUGAACACUCACGUCAUGGAAAUAGGCUAGAGCACCUGAAACACGAGCAGGACUUGGAACAUUUAAAACAAAGGCAUGAACUAGAAGAAGCUAAACUUAGAGAUGCACUUAUGCACCCACCACAUAGAAGCAAGAUUAGUGAAACUCAUUAUUCUCCAUAUCCAGGUGUGGCGAAGGUUGAAUACAACGAAGAUUUCUACACCAAAGGUCAAGGCUUUCUUAGUAGAUUGCAAGAGGAACAGAAUACGGAGCAGGAGUAUGUGGCCUUUCAGAACAUAAAGCAUCAUAUCAUACAUAGGGAUGAGUACAACAACUCAUCAAGUACGCCUACUGUGCCCUAUUCCACUGCCGACAUACUUUACGGAAAUGAGGUCAAUGGACGGGAACGACAGGCGAGCGUCAGCGAUGAGCCGCGACAAAACAGCUUCGGUGAUGCAGAACGGACAAAGGAGAAACGACAGGAGAAAGACCUUGAGGCUCCAAGCAACCGACGUCCGAGCAGUAAAACUGGAAAACAGCGCUCAAUAUCUAUAGACACAGUAACCCCGUUUGACAAGGACUGGGAUAAAGAGGAUCCUCUGAAGGGACUCUCUGCAGCACUGCCCCCUGCCAAACCCUCUCAUCAUUUCAGACCCAAUGGUAUAAGGAGUAGCAGCAAGGCUGAGCAGCUUUUAUCAGCAAAACAAAAUGGUGCUUUAUCAGGACGUGACCAAGAUGACCUAGUUGCCAUGGGAACUCUGUGGAGCCCGAAUGGCGGCACCUCCCAGCAGACCCUGCCCCCUAACCCCCGGAGUAUGACUACCCAGGGGCAGUCCUUACAGGGCUACAAGAAUGGAACAGUGCCCAAUAACAACACAAACUCUUUUUCCUCCAAAGUGAUAUCAUCUUCAAGUAGUGUGAACAAUUCUGUGGUUCCCAAUAACACACUUAAUUCUCAACGCAAGUACAGCAAUGGCAUGCGACCACCUGUCUUACUGCAGAACAACAUCUCAGGGAAGAAACCCAGCAGCUCUCAGUCAAAAGAACAAGAAGACCCCAAAUAUUCAGAUCCUUUGAUAGGAGCACCAGCCUCAUUUCAACAAAGGAUCAUUGAACUGGGGGCUCUAGAGGGGGACACGGUGCGGUGGGAGCGAUCAAAAAGACUGAAGAAAAAGAAACAGGACAGAGACUCUUGAAGACACGCCAUAUUAGUUUUUGUUAACUUCUGUGAUAAAACAUAGUUGUUAACUUCUGUGAUAUUCAUAGUUGUUAACUUCUGUGAUAAACAAUGUGCUCUUUAGUCUUUCUGCAUUUGCUGGCCAGAGAUUGGUAUUGUUCACAAUGUCGAGUGAUUUGACAAGCACGCGACUAUCUCCACCUGCUGGGAACAGAUUUGAUCUUGUGACAGUUGGGAAUGAUGAUUGUUGUUUAUGAUGGUGCAACGGACUUCCCAGAGUUUGUUAAAGAAAAUGUGUUGGUUGCAACGCAUCUUGAAUACCUUAGGCUUAAGUGAUCAAGCUAAUGGAGUUGAAAAUGAUCGUUGAAGGGAAUGAAAUGGUUUUAGUUAUGAAUUUCUGUAUUUAUUACGUUUUCUUCGGUCAUUAAGAUAACAUCGUUGGCCUUGACUAAACACAUGACCUGGAACUGAGAAAAACUGUAUUGCCAAUAAUGUAACGCUUAUCGUGUAAUAUAAACAGUGUGAAUCAGUCAGUUUGGAAUAAAAUGCCUGCUCAAAUGAAAAAAUCAUUUUAACAAGCCUGUUGUAAAAUUAAUUUUUGCAUUGAGCUGAAUAGGACUACAUGUUGGGAAUCUGGUAUCAGAUGUGCAAGGGUUGGAGUGAACCAAUGUUUGGUCUACUGCCAUUAUAUGAGAACUCGGUCAUUUCUAUGGUCAUUUUUGUCUGUGAUAUGGGCUCGAAUUAGCUCAAUAUUUUAUGUAUUAUAAUAAUUUGUUCUUGACAUAUACCAUUGUUGUAGUAGCAUUACAAAAUUCUAGACAUUUCGUUUUUGGUUAAAACUGAAUGGUGCCUGUGAUUGUUUUUUAUAAGGAUCUGAGUUAUAUUGCGUAUGUUAAAAAUUAAUUGAACUGCGCUCAAGAAAAAAUGGGUUUAAUGCAUAUGCACUUAAAAGUGUCGUCCCAGAUUAGUCUAGGGACGAAACUGUCAGCAUAGACUGGAUUAAUUAAAAAAAAUACCAUAAAAGACAUGCAUUAAGCCCCAUUUUCCCAGAGCGAGGCUCAAUAGUAUGUAUUGCUCAGCUGGUCCUUCACCCUUUCCCUCUCAGAGAAGUGAAAAUGGCUAUGUGCAAACAGCAUAAAACAAGAACAGCCUGUGAGUAACUCUCAGUCUGUUCAGGUUUUAUGCUGUUCAAUGCUCAUCAGUAACUAAGGGUAGGAAAUGAAGCUGUUAAAUCUUGAAUCAAGUCAAAAGGUCUUUAAUUAAAUUAAACUUUCUAAUGGACUACAAACACGUCUGAAAAUACGUAUAUAAGUGGUAAAGGAUUAAUGUGUGGCUGUGAGAAAAAUGGACUAACUAUGCUGUAACAUUAAAUUUACAGUAAAAAUACUUUAUCAAAAAGUGAAAAGUACAAAACAACAUCAUUUUUCAAAUCUAGAAAUUUAAGGCAAUACAGGAUUUUGCCAGUUCUGUUUUGUCUUGUUAAGAUCUCUUUAAGUGCUUUAUGUUAAAUAGAUCAUAUUCUAAAUCUUUCAUUAAAUAUUGAUUUUAAAUCUUCCUGCCACUAAGGACAGUAUUGUCAGUAAACAUAUAUGAAAUUUGAAUAUUGGGUUUAAAUUGUACUUCCCUUUAUGACAGUGUUUACAGAAACCAAUUUUGCCAUGUUCUUAUGGGUAGCAAUGGCAUUUAAUCAUGUUUGCAAGUAUUGGUAUUAAACUACAAGAAACUAAAGUUUAAACAUGAUUCUGUUAUCGAGUUAUUCUACACAACUUUGUGACGGAUUAACACUAAAUAAUUUGUGACCAUUCUGAAAGUAAUUAUUUUAUGAUUACCAAUACUUCAUUAUUAUAAAAAGGCAUAGAAGAAUUAAUUUAGUAUAAAAGGUGAAUUGUAUUCAUACUGUAUAUUUUUGCUCAAUGCAUAUAUGUCCAAGUGGUUUAUGUGCAACUCCUGGGUAACAGUUACUGUAUAUCACAUAUCAUAUGACAACUUAGCAGUGCCAGACUUUUUCAUAGGAGGAUUUUUUAAAUAAAUGUUAUAUCUACAAAAUGUAAAUUCUAUAAUAUACAUGUAUAAAAAAUAACAAUUUUAAAAUCAUUAAAAAUGCAAUUCUUGUCGGUCUGUUAACCCUUUGCAUGCUGUGAAAUUUGUCGUCUGCUAAAAUGUCGUCUGCUGAAUUUCUAAAAUUAGCAUUUUCUUCGAAUUUUUUUCAAAGAAUACUAUCAGAAUAGCAAACAGUUUGGAUCCAGAUGAGACGCCACGUUCUGUGGCGUCUUAUCUGGAUCCAAACUGUUUGCAAAGGCCUUUAAAAUUCAGCUCCAGCGCUUUAAGGGUUAACAACAAAUUUAAUUUGUUUGAACACUAAACCACCAAAUUUCAGUUAUUUCUGUAAGCUUUUAGACACCUAAUAUGUUUUCAUGUCGAGACGCUAAAAAAUUUAGACAAUUAAAUAUUUCAAUUGAAUUGAAUGUUCCUGUCAUAAUGCAUAACUUACCAAUAAAUAAUGUUUGCUUAUACCACACAUUUAGUAGUAAUUACUAAAUUAUACAUUUGCAAUGAACAUAUGAUCAUUAAUUUGUUUGAUUUUGUUUCAUAGACAAAUAUUCCAAUUAUAAUCAGUAUGGCGCAGUAAAAUUAGAUGCUAUAUGUCAUGCUUUAGCAAGAGAAUAUUGCUGUAGAUUAAAAAAAUUGUGAUAUUAUGAAAUUAACUAGAUAAUAUUUUUCAUUAACAUUCAGACUAACAUAUUUGGUACCAGCCAUCAUAUACAGUUGUUCCUGCUAUGAUACAAACAAAAAGUGAACAUACAUCAAUGAGAAAUUAUUGUUUCCUUUUGAUCAAUUGAUUACCGGUAUUUAUGGCAUUCAGAUAUUGUUUAUUAUUGGAAUGCAUGCCUAUUUACCCAUAUAAUGCAAUUUUAACAGUCUGGCGUCUUCUCACAUUAAUCUGCCAGGUUUUGUGACUGCUCUCUGUUUGUUAAACACAUGUAUAUGAUGUGUCAGAAGAUUAACCAAAAUGGGUUGAAUUGUGUCAAAAUGCAGAAGAUUUAGAAUUAUUAAUUAUAGGGGAUGAUCCGUUAUCAGAGUGUCAGAAAAAAAUGGAGUAAAGGUUUAUCAUUAUUUUGGCUAAGAACGAGGGUGUUCAAAAUUGCAGUGUCCAAAAACUUAAAUAAACUACAGUAAUUACAAAAUUCUUUAAAGAGAUUUCAUUACUGGGAGCGAAGGUAUUUACAGUUCAAUUUUUUAUUGUGUAUGUAACUUGUGCAUGUAUAUCUUGAAAGCUGUUCCCAAUGCUUAACAUUGUCUAAGAUAAUGUGCACUUGUUAUAAAGUGUCCAUCUUGUCCUUUUAUUGAUUAAUUUUAAAAAGAACUUAAAAAAAUUAACAGUUAAAUGAGUUAAUAUUUUUGUUACUAUUCAAACACAGCCAUGUUGGUUUGUUCCUUGUUUGUCGUGUUGGUGUUAUAUCUUUUGUAAUUUUCAUUAUUUGCUGAAAAUAUCUAUUUAAUAGACAUUUUAUUAAAAUUAUUGCAAUUUUA